AUGGCCCAGAAACCCUCCAAUUCCCAGCAUCAGGCUGGACGCAAGAAGGUACUCAUUGUGGGCGCCGGUGCUGCUGGAAUGUCCGCCGCCCACCAUCUCUCCCAACAUCCGGACAAAUACGACAUCACGCUCAUCGACGCCGUCGACUACUGCGGCGGUCAAGCCUUCUCCUGCCCCCUCGACAAGGAUCGUCAUGGGGCGAGCUGGUUCAACCAAGGCGUCCAAGGUGGCAGCUACAUCUUCCACCACACCCUGACCAUGUUCACACGCCAGGGAUACCACGCCGACCCGGUCAAUCUCCAAGUAUCCUUUGGCAAGGACAAGACCUUCUGGACCAACGUCUUCCCGACGGACCUGUUGGCUCGGCACCAGAGGGAGAUCACACGCCUCAAUUUCGCCCUGAAGUUCAUGCGGUGGUUCGAGAUCUUCUUCGCAUUGAUCCCCCUGAAGAUUUUCUUCAAGUUGUGGUUCUUCUCAGAGGAGUUCACCAGCACCGUCGCCUUGCCCAUGGUGGCCCUCUUUCUGGGAACCGGCAAUGAAACACCCAAUGUCCCCUCAAUCAUGCUUGAACGACUGUGCACAAGUCCCACCUACGGCAUGUGGUAUCCUUAUGACCCAACCAGCAUCGCGACCAACCACCCCCCCAUGGUCGUCUUCCCCAACUUUAGCGAAUUCUACGAAACCUGGCGCAAAGAUCUCGUCUCGCGGGGCGUGACGGUUCGCCUCUCGACCGAACUCUCGGCUGUCGUCCAUCGCUCCAAGUCCAGCGGCGUCGUGGUGUCCUUGAAACAGCGCACGCCAGCGCCUGACGGCCACAACCCAAUUGACGCCGACCAGGACGCUCCCACGUUUGAGGAGCACUACGACGAACUCGUCCUAUGCUGCCUCGCCGACACGGCCAAACGCGUCUUGUCAUCCACCUCGUCCUGGCGCGAACGCAAAGUUUUGGGAUCCGCAAAAUUCUCUGACGACAUCACCAUCACACACACCGACUCGGAUUACAUGAAGAAGCACUACCAAAACUUCUACUCCGAGUCCCUCGCCGUCAAAACCCUCGGCGGCAAAGACCAAACAUCCCGGUGCGAGUGGGCAGCCACGAAUUUCCGUCCCAUGUACUACAUCAAGAUGUACGACCAAGACCGCUCCAAGCUGGAAAUGUGCUUCGACACAACAAACUACCAAUCCCAAUUCCCAGACAAGGUCCCCUUCGAGGACCACGUCUUCCAGACCAUCUUCCUCAACAAAGCCCGGGAUGGCCACCUCUGGAGCGACGACGAGAUCGACUCUACAAAAAUCAUCAGGAAAGAUUGGUGGCAUCAACUGUGCCACUCAUACACGCACUACCUGUUCGUCGUACCGUGGAUGAUGUUCCUCCAGGGCCGAAACAGGGUCCGCUACGCCUCGAGCUGGACACUCGUCAACGCGCACGAAGUCGCCAUCAUGUCCGGGAUCGCCGCCGCCAUAGACUUGGGCGCAGAGUACCCGGAGGACCUGGAGCACGACAAGUUCGCCUUCCUCAGCUUCAGACUCUAUUAUCUGUUGGCGUACGGGAAAUGGUAUCGUCGACGAUACACGGCCAAGAACAAGCGCGCCGGCGCCGGCGAGGAGAGCGAGAACGCCAAGCAUGGCAAGAGCUGGGCCAGCGGCUGGUACGGCGGCGUGUACAAGGGUCCCGGAGUGGCCAAGGAAGAGAGGACGACGUGGCGCGAGGAAAUGAAACUCGGCAGGAGUACGGGGAAUUUAGCGCAGGGGAAUGCACAGGGGAGGAGUCAACCGUAG